CAGAGACACACUAGAGCUCCAGCCAGCCUGGACCAAAAGACCCCUCGCCAGCCCCUGCUCAACCAUACGCGUCGACGUGAAGGUCGUGCAUCGCGACCCUACAGCAUUCCUCGCUGCGUGAGAAAACUGGGUGUGAUUCCGAACCGGCACCAGCGAGUUUGAGGCCCUACAUGCUGGUGGCCCGCAGAGUUGCCGUGCGCGCAGCGGCCGCAACAAUGGCUUCCUAUGCCGCCAACGAUCGCGCUCGCAGCGACGGCGACGCGUCGGCGCGACGGGACGGUCCCAGGCGAGACGAUGUGUACGACCAUCCACCGUUCGCACUGCGCCAAGUGUCACAGACCGAGCGAAAUGCUCGUUGGGGCGCCGCCGACGCGCCGUCAAGCAGCAGUAGUGACGACGACGACGACGGCAAGGUCGCUAUCCUAAGACGCCACUUCCCGGCGGCGCCGCGGGCCGAGCUCCGACGGUUCGCCGACGCGCGGCCGGACGGCGGCGCCGUCGAAUUCUAUAGGGCCUACCAGCGCUGGCGUUUAGGUGAGGGCGCGGCCGAGACAUUACAACGGAAGGCGGCACCGUUAGUAGUCGGUGGAGAGUCGUCGCCGUCGCGCUUCAUCGCCCUUGGCGAGCGAUUACAUCAGGACGACGGCGUCGGCAAGCGAGGUGAUCGUGUAGUGUUAGUAGAAGGUGCGCGCUUCGACCCGUCUCAAAUCUCUUCCAGUAGUUACGCGGCGCACGUCUGCCGCACGUUGGAUGCGGCCCUCGCUUCCGAGGAUGCGGCGCAGUUUGUCGUUCUGAUCGACUGUCGAGCCGGCAAGGGCUGGCCGAACCACGGGGCCACGGCCUUCUGGCCCUUGAUACGAGAGCUCGCAAGGACGGUGCCGGACUGCUAUCCCGAGCGGUUGCGGUGCGUGGUCGUCUACCCUUUACCGCGGUGGGCGCGCGUGUCGCUCGCGACCGCAACCUACCUAUUACCGGCGAAGACGCGCCAGAAGGUCUGGGCCGUCGCCGGAGAUGACUCGAGGAGGGCGCCGGUGCCCGAGGAGAUUAGGGAGAAGGCUCCCCUCGUGUUGCAAGCGGUUCCAGGACAUGCCGCCGACAGGCAUGGCACCGUGAUCGACAACGGUGUCAUAAUCCGUAGGGCGACAUAGAUGUAUAAGUG